UCUCAAAAAACUCAUCGGAGAAAUUCCAAUUAGGUCAAAACCAAACCAAAGCAAAGACCACAUUUCCUUUUCAAAAUCUCUCUCCGUAGCAGAACACUCAAAACUCAGCCACAGCCUUCAACUUCAAGGACUGGUCCACAAAUUCCAAAAAAUGGCUCGGCUGAAGAGUACCAGCAACCUAAACGUCAGCGUUUCACAGAUGGACAAGGAGAACAACAGCAACAACCACCACUUGCUAUUGGGAGGAGAGUUAUUGUCACCGUCACGGCCUCCGCUGCCACCGCUCCUCAGGUACCUCCGUAAAAGGAACGGUUCUCCGCCUCUCCCUCUGUCGCCGCUGGAUAACAUUGCCUGGUCGCCUAAUAAUAAUUCCCCCACUCAUUACGCCGUGACGCCGAUCAAGGUUGACGAGGACGGGACCCUUGUCAUGGAUGGGAUUUUUCUCCCCUCUACUGGAACUACUGCUGGAAGGUUCUCUAGGUCUUCUAUAUCUGCUACUGAUUCUAGUCCUUCCUCUUCCUCCUCGUCAUCAGGUGGGAGGAGUGUGAACAAGACUGACAUUUGCCGCUCUUGGGAGGAAUCUGGAACCUGCCGCUAUGGCUUCAAAUGCCAGUUUGCACACGGAAAGGAAGAGCUACGUCCACCUCGGUUCUCUGCAAGGAACAAAUCUGACUCAAGCAUUAACAGGUCAAAGAGUCGCUUUCUUAAUCAGAUCAUGGCAGUAGGAGGAGGGAUGACAAUCCAAACAGAAUCACCUACCAAAUUACCUUUACCUGUAGACGACACCAGCUGCAAAAUCCCAACCACCACCAUUUCCAUCAUCACCAGCAGAGAUGACUGGUCACCCCAAGAUGAUGGCAUUGAGGUUGUACUGCCACAUUCUUCAACUGCAGAGCCUCCAUCACAGAAAGAUGUUGAUGCCUAUAUUCAUGGCGUUCUUUAUGGCCCCCCGAGAAAGAGACUGCCGGUGUUCGCUGAAAUUUGCUCAGAGUAGUGAUCUCAUUUGCUUAACAGGUCUCAUGAGCAAGGUAUAUGAUACACAUUCUCUAGGAACAAUAUAUACUAUACUUGGGACUCCUAAUAUUCUGUUUUCCACGUAUCCAGCUUUCAUUUCCUCAUAUAGCAGGUAACUGGAAUUAGACUGAUAGUCAUAUUAGUUGGCCAGGUACACACUUGUGUCUCAUUUUGCUGAUGAGACAGUUACUAUACUACCUUACAAACAAAUCACAUUUGGAUAAUUGGACUUGAAUGCAGUUUUCCUAAUUCUGGACUUUAUCUUCUCUAUGCUUUUGUUUGUAAGCUUACUUGCAGAGGUAGGAGAACAGCAUGGUGUGAUUUGGUUAUAUCAUAUAUGGAACAAAUUGCAUGGACUACAACUACUUUUGUCCCAUUUUGUUUGUCCAUUUUUAGAAAAUCUAACUGUUUAAGUGAGUAUCAUUUAAUACAUUGUUUCUAAAGGAAAAUUUAUGUAAACUUUAAAAUUGUCCUUAUAAACUAUAAAAAAUUUAAACCUUUAACUUAGGGAAUUAAGGAUCACUGACAUUUAAAAUGGGAGAAGUAAUUUGGGACAACUAAAAAUUGAAUUCUGGACACAUGUUAUUACUUUGAUAUAUGCAUGAAGUGCAAGUGGGAUGUGCAUGGGCCAUGGAGCGGAAGCGGUUAGUUCCACUCUGGAAGCAGUUGACUACUUGGAGUGAGAUGGUGAUGUAAAAAAGAAUGAGGAGUCCAGUAGUGCUUGAGUCUUAUUUUCAAUCAAUAAGACUUACUGAUUUUCAAUUGUUUAUGUUAACGUUAGUGUUGUUACUUGUUAGUAUUGUUGCAGAGUUCCUAGCUGAGUCUGGAUGCUAUUGGAUUCUUGUGGUUCACGAUUAGAGAGACCUAAGUUUAGGUUUGAUUAGAAAUUUUGGUAUAAAUUUAGCUGCUGAU